AAGAGGGAAAUAUUGAAUAAAUGAAUAUUGAAGAAUUGAAUAAAUAAAUCAACUUGAUAAUUAAGUCAAUUAUGACUGGCAUUUUUUUUUUUUUGAUGCUAAUCCAAUUCGAUAACACACCGGGUUAAGUGACGUCACACACCUGAGAGAUGCGAUGCUCCGGCCCGCCAUCCGUCCACGCCAGCAGAAGAACGAACAACAACAAAAACAAACAAAGCAGAACCGGCAAAAGCCAGUGCAAGAUUGUUUCUGUUUCUGCUGUUGUGGCACAGCAUAGCACAGAAAUACAUAUUCUGGCAUUAUUAAAUUGGUAUUUUGGCAUUGGCGCAAGCGAAAACAUCCACACAAACACACAACUACAGGGCCAGCGAGACGCAUAGAGGAGUGGCACAGACACAGCCACAGUCCGCAGUCCGCACACUUUCCUGGCACUUACUCAUGCCACUGUAGCAAAAUAUUCUAGUGGCUUUCGGCAUUGUUAUUAGUACCGCAGCGACCCAGAGGCAACGACUGACGUGUCUGGCUGCCACUCACCCAUUAUCAUCAUAGAUAAUAAAUGAUGUCUGAAGAUGCCAAGAGUCCAGGACCACGCACCCGUAACAUCAUUGAAAACCAAUUGUUUCGCCGCCAGCGCAGUCUGAAGCUUGAGGCCCUGCAAAGGCAGCGCACCCUUCAGGGAGAUGACGACACCGACGUGGACGAACCCUUCGACAAGACGCAAAUAGUCAUCAUAUUCACGGAGAAGGCCAAGCUGCGCCACUGCCAGGAUGUGGAGAAGAUCAUCCAGGAAUUUGGCAUACAGACCACUCUGGAAACUUUAGGAAAAACCGAAAAGUAUCUGUAUUUGUCGGCCAGUUUGGACACCUUGUUGCGGCUGGCCGAUGUGGCCGAGCUGGAGAAGAAGACCACCACGGGCAGCAUGCAAAAGUUCAACAAUGGGUGCAUCUCCGACUUUCUGCUGCCCGGCAUGGGCAAGGAUCAAAUACUGCGCUACUGUGAGAUCCCCGUUCUGAUCAAGGAUGUGAUCAAGCCAGCGAUCAAGUCCUACAUACUGAAGGGCUACAUCGAGGACAUGUUUCCCCUGCACGAUAUUCUCUAUCUGGAUCGCUUCAACUGGAAUCUGAAGCGCUCCCAUCUACCCAUAGAGGACAUCCGAAACUAUUUUGGCUCCAGCAUUGGCCUCUAUUUCGGCUUCAUUGAGUUCUACACGAAGGCCCUGAUCUUUCCCGCUGUCUUUGGCAUACUGCAGUACCUAUUUGACCUGAAUCUCUCGAUUGUGUGCAGUUUCUAUGUGGUCUGGACAACUAUCUUCCUGGAGCUGUGGAAGCGCAAAUGUGCUGGCUACUCGUACCGAUGGGGCACCAUCGAGAUGAGCAGCCUGGACAAGCCGCGCUCCGCCUACCAGGGCCAGCUAAAGCCCGAUCCGAUUACCGGCAAAAUGACACUGCAUUACCCGAUGCGCUACACGUACCUGCAAAUGUACUGCAUUUCGUAUCCGGUGGUGCUCGUCUGUGUGGUGGCGGCCGGCUGGUUCGCCCUCUACCAGUUCCAGAUCGAGGCCGAGGUGCUGGCAGAUUUUGGCGCAGACUCGUGGCUGCUGUACGUGCCGGUCAUUGUGCAGUCCAUUCUGAUAGCCAUCUUCUCGUGGGCGUACGAGAAGUUGGCCACAUUCCUCACAAAGCUGGAGAACCAUCGCACCCGCUCGCAGUACGACCGGCAUCGGGUCAACAAGCUGAUGCUCUUCGAGAUCGUCAACAACUUCUUCUCCCAGUUCUACAUCGCCUUCGUCCUGCAGGACCUCAAGCAACUGAAGUACCAGCUGAUGAUGCAGCUACUCAUAUUCCAGCUGCUGUGCAUUGCCCAGGAGAUCGGCAUCCCGCUGAUGGCUGUGCUCCGGCAGAAGUAUGCCAAGUUUCGCCAUCGCGACACCGUGACCGAGGAGGAGAAGCUGGACAAUAUCAGCGAUCAGCCCCGGUACGAGCAGUCGUUCUACGAGUCCGGCCUGGAUGCCUACCAUUCCACAUACGAGGACUACCUGCAGGUGUGCAUACAGUUCGGGUUCGUUGUACUCUUUGCCGCCGUGGCCCCCUUCGCCGCCAUCGGGGCGCUCAUCAACAACGUGUUUGCCGUCCACAUCGACAUGUUCAAGCUUUGCAACAUCUUCAAGCGUCCGUUCGCCCGCAGGGCCAAGAACAUUGGCGCCUGGCAGCUGGCCUUCGAGCUGCUGUCCGUCAUGUCGCUGCUGAGCAACUGCGGUCUGCUCUUCCUCCAGCCGAAUGUCAAAGAAUUCUUCUCGCACUGGCUGCCCACGGUGCCGGAGCUGUCGUUUGUCAUCUUUGAGCAUCUGCUGCUAGGCCUCAAGUUCGUCAUCCACAAGGUUAUCCACGAGCGUCCGCGCUGGGUGCGAAUUGGUCUGCUGAAAGCAGACUUUGAGACCAGCCAGGCCCUCAAGCAACUCAAAAAAUUCAAGGCGGAGACUAAUAAGAUGGCCUAGAAUCCACUCUCCCACUCCUCUAAUCUGCAAUCUCCGAACUCCAAUCUCCAGUUCCAGUUGUUGGUGCUAUUAGAACCAGGUCCAUUUUAAAAGUUAUUAUAUUUGUACGUUUUAUGCGAUUUUAAUGUGAAAACUCUAACCGAAGGAAAAGUGUGCCUUAGAAAAUAUAAAUGCUUUAAUCUCAAA